CAGUACUACAAACAUGUUGUCCAGAGUGUGGAGAAGUUCGUUCAGAAAGUGAGUUUCUUUCGGUUUCACCAGUCCAAAACUGAGUCAAGUAGAAUACAAAUAUGUACUACGCAAAUCAUGUAUUGAUAUUGUUUGCCAAUCAUUUGCACAUCACCACAGAGAUGCUAAACGCUCCCCUUGUUUUGUGCAAUCCAGUGCAAGCCAGAGUACAAGGUCCCAGGCCUGUAUGUCAUGGACUCCAUCGUGCGGCAGUCACGGCACCAGUUUGGCCAGGACAAGGAUGUGUUCGCCCCACGCUUCAGCAAAAACAUCAUCGGAACCUUCCAGUACCUCUACCGCUGCCCCUCAGAUGACAAGGUGGGUCACAGUGGGAACAGAGACAGCUCUCUGGUUUCUCUAUUCAGAAACACUGUUCUAGCUUUCACCUUCUCUUCUACCUCUGACUACACAUAUCUGCUGUAUUGUUAGUGAUAGAUCUGAUCUGUAGCAUUGUUUGAAAAACAAAAAACGUAUUAUUCAGUGUCAGUGGGGAAAGAAAUCAAUGAAUAUGCUAUUUUAAAACGUCACAUUUGUAGUGUAUACAGCAUCAACUUUAGGCUGUGACUCAUUCGCUGCAGUGGUCUUGUUUUGAUUGGUUGGUUGUGUGUCAGUCUAUGAUCUCAUCUAGAGCUUAUUUUUCUUUCCUUUGUGUUCCAGAGUAAGAUUGUCAGAGUCCUCAACCUGUGGCAGAAGAACGCCGUCUUCAAGAGUGACAUCAUCCAGCCGCUGCUGGACAUGGCUGCAGGACUGCCCCCUCCCAGUGUCACCCCCGUCAUGACCAGCAGGGAUGCUCCCGUCAACAAUGCUACGCCUGGUCAGUCACUCAACAUAUAGCAUGCACACACACACAGCUCUAUACUGACACCUGGUGGCAAAAUACAGUCCUCUCUCCUGAACUAAUUCAAUGUUCUGAGGCCUUUUUUGUGACCAGGCAUUGCUCUCUAAUCAACUUCAAUUGUAGAUGUUUGUUGUAUUAUUCAUAUUGAUUUCUCAUGAUGGACUUUCUGUGUGUGUUUGUGUCCAGGUACCCCAGCGACCCCGGCCACUCCAGCAAACAUCGUGUCCAGUCUGCCUGACUGGGCGUCUCAGUUUUCCAACACUGACACUGUAGCUGCUGUGGCCCAGAUCCUGCAGAGUCCACAGGGACAACAGGUCAGUACAUAGAAGAUCCCUGGUCCUCAGACAGUCAAUUUAAUUCAACAUCAAAUUUUAAGCUCAGAGAAUGACACUGAAUGUCUCUUUGCCUCAAGAUUGUUGGCAUGUUUUAAUGUUUUUUCUUUGACUUGUACACUUGUUGAGUCUGUGUUCGGACCUUUCUGAUGCUCCUUUGUUUACAAAACUUUCCUUUCCAAAUGACCAGCUGUAGACUUCUUGUGUGUCAUUCUCUGUGUCUGUCUUUAUUUGUUAACAGCUCCAGCAACUGGUGCAGAGUCUGCAGAUGCAGCAGCAGAAGCCCCAGCCGUCUCUGCUGCAGGCGCUGGAUGCAGGCCUGGUGGUCCAGCUGCAGGCACUGACGGCCCAGCUCACUGCAGCCGCCUCAGCCAACCCCAUGCAUCUCAACCCGCUGGACCAGAGGGUCUCCUCCUUCAACAAGGUGAGGGAUCAAGUCCACAGACACAGAAAUGGAGUGGAAUUUUAAAAUAAUGCUAAUUUUUAUUGUUUUGUGUGAUGUUAACUAUUCUCUACUACGUGUGACUCUUAGAUCUAUAUUUUAAAGAUGAUUGUCUUUCUCCAUUUGUCGCAGAAAAUGUUGGGUCAUUUUGACUUUGGAAACGAUUCAGAACGCUCUGAAGACUCCAAAAAGGACUCGCAAUCAUCCCAGAUGUAAGCAUGUUUUUUUUGUAUCUACAAAUCUGAGACCCUGCGGAAUAUGUCACAGGUUCUGUGUAUGCACUUUCACUCCCCACUACCUGUGUGACGGACACAAGUUAACUGAACUCUCCCACGUCUCCCUCCAGGCCCAUGGUGUCUGACUCCAUCUUCCACCAGCUGGCUGAGCAGCUGCAGCAGCAGAACCUGGAGCAGUUCCAGAAGCAGCUCAUGGAGCACCAGCAGCACCAGCAGAAGGUAUCUACACAACACACACCUUCACAGACACCCCUAGUCCCUUCCUUUACGGCCCGCCCUAUCCAUACCGGAGCACUAGCAGCACCAGCAGAAGGUAUCUACACAACACACACCUUCACAGACACCCCUAGUCCCUUCCUUUACGGCCCGCCCUAUCCAUACCGGAGCACUAGCAGCACCAGCAGAAGGUAUCUACACAACACACACCUUCACAGACACCCCUAGUCCCUUCCUUUACGGCCCGCCCUAUCCAUACCGGAGCACUAGCAGCACCAGCAGAAGGUAUCUACACAACACACACCUUCACAGACACCCCUAGUCCCUUCCUUUACGGCCCGCCCUAUCCAUACCGGAGCACUAGCAGCACCAGCAGAAGGUAUCUACACAACACACACCUUCACAGACACCCCUAGUCCCUUCCUUUACGGCCCGCCCUAUCCAUACCGGAGCACUAGCAGCACCAGCAGAAGGUAUCUACACAACACACACCUUCACAGACACCCCUAGUCCCUUCCUUUACGGCCCGCCCUAUCCAUACCGGAGCACUAGCAGCACCAGCAGAAGGUAUCUACACAACACACACCUUCACAGACACCCCUAGUCCCUUCCUUUACGGCCCGCCCUAUCCAUACCGGAGCACUAGCAGCACCAGCAGAAGGUAUCUACACAACACACACCUUCACAGACACCCCUAGUCCCUUCCUUUACGGCCCGCCCUAUCCAUACCGGAGCACCAGCAGCACCAGCAGAAGGUAUCUACACAACACACACCUUCACAGACACCCCUAGUCCCUUCCUUUACGGCCCGCCCUAUCCAUACCGGAGCACCAGCAGCACCAGCAGAAGGUAUCUACACAACACACACCUUCACAGACACCCCUAGUCCCUUCCUUUACGGCCCGCCCUAUCCAUACCGGAGCACCAGCAGCACCAGCAGAAGGUAUCUACACAACACACACCUUCACAGACACCCCUAGUCCCUUCCUUUACGGCCCGCCCUAUCCAUACCGGAGCACUAGCAGCACCAGCAGAAGGUAUCUACACAACACACACCUUCACAGACACCCCUAGUCCCUUCCUUUACGGCCCGCCCUAUCCAUACCGGAGCACUAGCAGCACCAGCAGAAGGUAUCUACACAACACACACCUUCACAGACACCCCUAGUCCCUUCCUUUACGGCCCGCCCUAUCCAUACCGGAGCACCAGCAGCACCAGCAGAAGGUAUCUACACAACACACACCUUCACAGACACCCCUAGUCCCUUCCUUUACGGCCCGCCCUAUCCAUACCGGAGCACUAGCAGCACCAGCAGAAGGUAUCUACACAACACACACCUUCACAGACACCCCUAGUCCCUUCCUUUACGGCCCGCCCUAUCCAUACCGGAGCACCAGCAGCACCAGCAGAAGGUAUCUACACAACACACACCUUCACAGACACCCCUAGUCCCUUCCUUUACGGCCCGCCCUAUCCAUACCGGAGCACUAGCAGCACCAGCAGAAGGUAUCUACACAACACACACCUUCACAGACACCCCUAGUCCCUUCCUUUACGGCCCGCCCUAUCCAUACCGGAGCACUAGCAGCACCAGCAGAAGGUAUCUACACAACACACACCUUCACAGACACCCCUAGUCCCUUCCUUUACGGCCCGCCCUAUCCAUACCGGAGCACCAGCAGCACCAGCAGAAGGUAUCUACACAACACACACCUUCACAGACACCCCUAGUCCCUUCCUUUACGGCCCGCCCUAUCCAUACCGGAGCACUAGCAGCACCAGCAGAAGGUAUCUACACAACACACACCUUCACAGACACCCCUAGUCCCUUCCUUUACGGCCCGCCCUAUCCAUACCGGAGCACUAGCAGCACCAGCAGAAGGUAUCUACACAACACACACCUUCACAGACACCCCUAGUCCCUUCCUUUACGGCCCGCCCUAUCCAUACCGGAGCACUAGCAGCACCAGCAGAAGGUAUCUACACAACACACACCUUCACAGACACCCCUAGUCCCUUCCUUUACGGCCCGCCCUAUCCAUACCGGAGCACUAGCAGCACCAGCAGAAGGUAUCUACACAACACACACCUUCACAGACACCCCUAGUCCCUUCCUUUACGGCCCGCCCUAUCCAUACCGGAGCACUAGCAGCACCAGCAGAAGGUAUCUACACAACACACACCUUCACAGACACCCCUAGUCCCUUCCUUUACGGCCCGCCCUAUCCAUACCGGAGCACUAGCAGCACCAGCAGAAGGUAUCUACACAACACACACCUUCACAGACACCCCUAGUCCCUUCCUUUACGGCCCGCCCUAUCCAUACCGGAGCACCAGCAGCACCAGCAGAAGGUAUCUACACAACACACACCUUCACAGACACCCCUAGUCCCUUCCUUUACGGCCCGCCCUAUCCAUACCGGAGCACUAGCAGCACCAGCAGAAGGUAUCUACACAACACACACCUUCACAGACACCCCUAGUCCCUUCCUUUACGGCCCGCCCUAUCCAUACCGGAGCACUAGCAGCACCAGCAGAAGGUAUCUACACAACACACACCUUCACAGACACCCCUAGUCCCUUCCUUUACGGCCCGCCCUAUCCAUACCGGAGCACUAGCAGCACCAGCAGAAGGUAUCUACACAACACACACCUUCACAGACACCCCUAGUCCCUUCCUUUACGGCCCGCCCUAUCCAUACCGGAGCACUAGCAGCACCAGCAGAAGGUAUCUACACAACACACACCUUCACAGACACCCCUAGUCCCUUCCUUUACGGCCCGCCCUAUCCAUACCGGAGCACCAGCAGCACCAGCAGAAGGUAUCUACACAACACACACCUUCACAGACACCCCUAGUCCCUUCCUUUACGGCCCGCCCUAUCCAUACCGGAGCACCAGCAGCACCAGCAGAAGGUAUCUACACAACACACACCUUCACAGACACCCCUAGUCCCUUCCUUUACAGCCCGCCCUAUCCAUACCGGAGCACCAGCAGCACCAGCAGAAGGUAUCUACACAACACACACCUUCACAGACACCCCUAGUCCCUUCCUUUACGGCCCGCCCUAUCCAUACCGGAGCACCAGCAGCACCAGCAGAAGGUAUCUACACAACACACACCUUCACAGACACCCCUAGUCCCUUCCUUUACGGCCCGCCCUAUCCAUACCGGAGCACCAGCAGCACCAGCAGAAGGUAUCUACACAACACACACCUUCACAGACACCCCUAGUCCCUUCCUUUACGGCCCGCCCUAUCCAUACCGGAGCACUAGCAGCACCAGCAGAAGGUAUCUACACAACACACACCUUCACAGACACCCCUAGUCCCUUCCUUUACGGCCCGCCCUAUCCAUACCGGAGCACUAGCAGCACCAGCAGAAGGUAUCUACACAACACACACCUUCACAGACACCCCUAGUCCCUUCCUUUACGGCCCGCCCUAUCCAUACCGGAGCACUAGCAGCACCAGCAGAAGGUAUCUACACAACACACACCUUCACAGACACCCCUAGUCCCUUCCUUUACGGCCCGCCCUAUCCAUACCGGAGCACUAGCAGCACCAGCAGAAGGUAUCUACACAACACACACCUUCACAGACACCCCUAGUCCCUUCCUUUACGGCCCGCCCUAUCCAUACCGGAGCACUAGCAGCACCAGCAGAAGGUAUCUACACAACACACACCUUCACAGACACCCCUAGUCCCUUCCUUUACGGCCCGCCCUAUCCAUACCGGAGCACUAGCAGCACCAGCAGAAGGUAUCUACACAACACACACCUUCACAGACACCCCUAGUCCCUUCCUUUACGGCCCGCCCUAUCCAUACCGGAGCACUAGCAGCACCAGCAGAAGGUAUCUACACAACACACACCUUCACAGACACCCCUAGUCCCUUCCUUUACGGUCCGCCCUAUCCAUACCGGAGCACUAGCAGCACCAGCAGAAGGUUGCUAUACAUCACCUCUAGAGGCACAGGAAUUGACUUCCCCCCAAAAAAGCUGCCCUGGUUCCUUCCCCGAACCCCUACCUGUUUAAUUUCAUACUAAUUUCCCAUAGAUUCGUCUCUUGAGACCAUUGUGAGGAAAGUAGGUAGGACACUAACCAAUCUGGUGUUUUUCAGGAUGGAAUCUUUGGGUCUGAGAACACACUCCAGCAGAGCAGCAGCCAAUCACAGCACCCGGAGCCAGACAACAAGAUGGACGACUCCAUUGACAACCAGCAGCAGGUAAGCCUUUCUUCCCUCACUGACUCAUGAACUUCUCUGUGACUAAAACUGAUUUUACCUGCAAUUGUAAGACCUCUGUUGUAGUUGUAUUUGUAAGUAGAACGCUGUUGUAAUGAUGCCUGUGUUAUAGGACAUGGACAUGGACCUGGAUGACGGGCCAGAGAUGGACGAAGAGAUCUUCGAGCCAGAGGACAAGAAGUCAAAGACGGUUGACACGCAGUCAAGAACACGGUCCAGGUCACGAUCGAGGUGAGUCUAAGGACCCAUUCUGAGAGAAACCGUCCACAAGGCAACCUGAGACACCUUGCAGAGGCGCAGAAUAUAGCACCACCAUCCAUGUUGAUCUUACCACGACUCUACUCUAGAUCUCCCAGGAAGAGACGGUCCAGAUCACGGUCAGGCUCUCGGAAACGUAAACAUCGCAAGCGAUCGCGGUCACGCUCCAGAGAGCGGAAGAGGAAGUUGUCGCGGUCCUACUCCAGCGAGAGACAUGCCCGCGAGCUAGAGAAAGAGCGUCAGAAGAAAGGACUGCCUCCAAUCCGAUCCAAGUUUCUCAGUGGUAAUACCAGCCUUCAAUUAGCGCUUCACUGACCUUUUUAAUGUUUUAGUGUAUCACUAGUCAUGAAAAUCUCCAAAAUUGGUCACUAUUUCCUUUGAAUGUUUAUCAUCCUUGGCACCUUUAAUGUGUUCUAAGCCUCCAUCUCUACUAUGUGUCCCCAGUGUGCAGCACCACUCUGUGGGUGGGACAGGUGGACAAGAAGGCCACUCAGCAGGACCUCACCAACCUGUUUGAAGAGUUUGGUCAGAUUGAGUCUAUCAAUGUGAGUAGAGCACCCUCUCUCUCAAUCUCAGUCUGAGCCUGAGUUGACUUCAUUAACCGCUGCUCAUUAUGUGGGUUAGCAAGCUCUGUCACCUCUGACCUGGGGGAAAUAUUAAUUAUCUUGACUGUGUUUACUUUAAAGCACUCACCCUUUGCUCUUUAAGCCAGGCCAGGCAUUUCUCAUUAGCAAGUUCUGACCAUACUGUGGGUUAACUGCUUAACCCCUGUCACUUUCACCCUCCUUCAUCCCUCUCUCACUCUCUCCUUCUAUAGAUGAUCCCUCCUCGUGGCUGUGCCUACAUCUGUAUGGUCCACAGACAGGAUGCCUACCGCGCCAGACAGAAACUCAGCACUGGUUCAUACAAGAUCGGCUCCAAGGUCAUUAAGGUAAAGUCUGACGUGAUGUGAUUGCCACUUCACUGCGGUUAGGGUAUGUCCUCUGUGUGUGUAAGAUUUUUAAAUCUCUUGGGCGGCUCACUUACCAUACCGCUGACGUCAUAGCAACCCAGCCAUUAGAUAUUUCAUACUCUCCUGUUUCCACCCAAAUGCCCUUGAUAUUUUUGCUCUUUCAUGUAUCCCCUGACAUUUGUGUGUGUGUGUUCAGAUCGCGUGGGCGCUGAAUAAGGGAGUGAAGCAGGAGUAUAAGCAGUUGUGGGACAUGGACCUGGGGGUCACCUACAUCCCCUGGGAGAAGGUCAAGCUGGACGACCUGGACGGCUUCGCUGAGGGAGGCAUGAUCGACCAGGAGACUGUCAACGCCGGUGAGCAGAUGCAGCAAAGGACACACACACACAUAAAUGAACACUAAGGGUGUGUCUCAAUAUGCAUACUACCGUGCACCACACUCUCAUGCUCCGAGUGCGUUCUCAGAGGACAUUCUCUUGAGAAUGUAUAAAACAUAUUUGAGAAGCACUCGCUUCUGUAUUACCUCACGCUGCACCUCCCCGUUCACUGAACCUUCUUCCGGCCAGGACAAUGGCAACAAUGGAGACGAAACAAGAUAUACACUAGGCUAUCAGCUAGCUAUAUGUGCAUCGUAAUAAUCUAGCUAACCAGAUAGUUUAACAGGCAAAAAUGUUACUAAUGUUAUGCAAGGUAGAUGUCAAUUCUUCCUGGGUACCUAGCUGCUGAUUCUUAGUGGCUACCUAGCCAGCUAACAGUAGUAGCUAACUAGUAAACGUUAGCCCUAUUAACUUACUAUGGGCUUGCGUUCUAUGCACACGACAGUGGGUAUUGUAGGCAGGUAAACAUGCCAGAAUUAACAGAGUAUGUGUUUAUUAAUGUGUCAAGAUAAAAUAUUGUAGUCAGGCAACAUAUGAGAUGUGAAUGGGCAACAUUUCAUUCUGAAGUCAGUUUAUUUUCUCUCACUUCAGCUCAAAUAAUGGCUGCCAUUGAUUUCAAGAAAUGUUGUGUCGUUUUUUUACAUGGUUGCAUCAUAUUUCUGUGGAUACUUUCAGUUGAAGCUUGCAUCGAUGCAUGCUUCAAAAUAUGUACCAACGGAGUACGCGUCCAAGAAGUGCUCUGUUUCGCAUACUUUGAUUUGAACUCAUACUCCGACCCUCUCGUGCUCCAACUUGCAUGCUCAGUGCACGGUAGUAUGCAUUUUGAGAAACACCCUACACACACACUGGACAUACACAAGCACAUGACUUACACAUACACUGGACAUACACAAGCACAGGACAUACACAAGCACAGGACAUACACACACACUGGACUUACACAAGCACAGGACAUAUACACGCACUGGACAUACACAAGCACAGGACAUACACACACACUGGACAUACACAAGCACAGAACUUACACACACACUGGACAUACACAAGCACAGGACAUACACAAGCACUGGACUUACACAAGCACUGGACACACACAAGCACUGGACAUACACAAGCACUGGACAUACACAAGCCAUGGACAUACACAAGCACAGGACUUACACACACACUGGACAUACACAAGCACAGGACAUACACAAGCACAGGACAUACACAAGCACUGGACAUACACAAGCACUGGACAUACACAAGCACUGGACAUACACAAGCCAUGGACAUACACAAGCACAGGACUUACACAAGCCAUGGACAUACACAAGCCAUGGACAUACACAAGCACAGGACAUAUACACACACACUGGACAUACACAAGCACAGGACAUACACAAGCACAGGACAUACACAAGCACUGGACAUACACAAGCCAUGGACAUACACAAGCACAGGACUUACACACACACUGGACAUACACAAGCACAGGACAUACACAAGCACAGGACUUACACAAGCACUGGACAUACACAAGCACUGGACAUACACAAGCACAGGACUUACACAAGCACAGGACUUACACAAGCCAUGGACAUACACAAGCACAGGACUUACACAAGCCAUGGACAUACACAAGCACAGGACAUAUACACACACACUGGACAUACACAAGCACAGGACAUACACAAGCACAGGACAUACACAAGCACUGGACAUACAAGCUCAACACUAGUGCUCACUCAUACACAGGCGUCACACAUUCUCAUUAACUCUUUUAACAUCAACCACAAAUAUUUUCUGGCAUUUGGUUAUUUUGGGUUUAUCAGAGUAGGAAGUCCCACUGAAAACCAUAAUACUGGAGAGAUACAGCUCAGCAGGGCAAAGGAAAUGUGACUAUCUGUGUCGUACAGUGAAUUUUCUUCUCAAACCCUCUCUGUUUUUCUUAACUGUAGAGUGGGAAGCAGCCAAAAAUGCGCCAGAGCCGGUGAAGGAAGCGGUGAGCCAGGCGGUGAGCGCUGAACCCAUGGCAGCCACCAACACCCAACAGACCCAACAAAAGGCCUUCAUCCAACAGGUCUCCAUGAUGCCUGUGCAGGUACCCAAACGUCUAACAUAAAACUAAUGUUCAACAUUGAAGCAUAAAUACCUUGUUUUCUGCGUGUAAGUUCACCAUCCUUUUAGAGUUGUGUGUUUUUGUGAGAAAGAGUUCUGGAGGGUGGAACACCCACCGUGAAAUUGGUAUCAAUCAACUCCUUACAAUUCCCAUGCACAUUUGAUGUGGCUGUGAAGUUGGUGAUCUUACGAGAUAACUGUCGAGUUCCAAGUUGAUCGCACAUGAAUUCACGUUUCCAUGGUUUCUCUCCCAUUUCCUUUGUACUGAGUGUCUUCCAUGGAGCCAGUCAGUCAGUGGUGUGAAACUGAACACCAUAAUCUUCCUGUGAUUGGUGCUAGCUGCCUGCCCUGUCUAUGGGGUGCUUAUCCUCAAGUGUUUCUGAAGAGUUGAUAGGGUUGUUGAGUGAAUGCAGGAAGCACGGCCUGUGUUUGUUUGCUCAUGGGUGGGCUUAAUGAGAAGGUUUGGCUCAGUGGGUGGGGGAAGUGUUUAGGCUGUGGAUUAGUAUACAACUCAGCUCAGAGAAAACACCUCCGUCUGAGUUAAUCUGUCUACUAAACUCAUUCAUGCAACUUACCCCCACACAUGCCUUAUUCAACUCGUCAGUCAGAUAUUUAAGUGAUAAUGCCUGAGAAGCCGGUGUUUGGAGGAUAUAUUGGCACGGGUGUUCUUGGCACGUGCCAAUAUAUCCUCCAAACACCAGCUUCGAGGGUUACCAACAUAUUCAAAUAAUGUUUAACAUAUUUUCAUUACGGUAACUUUAUUUUUAUGAAUUUAUUCAUACUAUUUCAUCCUACCACAAGAUAUAGUCCCGACACAAAUCUAGGAUUGCUACCCAAGCCGGCUGGUCGUUCAUUCUACCGGUUCGGUUGCCAGAGGCGCGACCCAGUCGUUCAGUCUUUUUGUUCUGUAUCUCUAUGGAUGCAACCCAGUCGUUCGUUCUAAAUGUUCCAUUGCCAUACUGGCUGGCAACGUUCUUAUCGCUUGCUUGCUAGCUAGCCAAAUAUGACUAAUUUGCAGACAUGUCAAAAAGCAGCCAGAAUAACAGCAAAGUAGCUGCAUUUGCAGUUGUUUAAGCUGUUUUCUAGUGACAUUUAUUUGGAUACAUCCAUAACAAUGAGCUAAUAAGGCGCGAUUUCGCCUGGCAUAGAAAAUGUGCUCACUCGUCAGGAUACUGUUGUUAAGAGGAGCUAGCCAAUAACACAGCUAACACAAUCACUUCAAACUGAAGCUGGAGAGACUGCAAACUAGCUGCACUUUGUUUCGUUUGACCUUUUUUCAAUUGACAUUUCUUUGUAUGUAUUCAUUAAAAUGUUGCCAGCUUGAUUGAUUCAUGAUUUUGACUGGUUGAGAAACGCUGCUUGCCUGUCUGUCUCGUCCCAACUCCCGACACGUUCAUUACUAUUGGACAGCUGGAGAUCGAAUUUGAAUAUUGAAACAAUGUUGCAAAUGUCAGAGAGACAGACAGCAAGGUAUAUACAAAUCUCUGCUAUUGAAAAUGAAAUGUUAGUCUAAAAGAAAUGUGAGAUAAUGUCUAGAUGCUUUUUAUAAUGGAGAUCAAGUUUAUAAAUUGCUUGGCUGGGCUGAUGAGACAGUGGAUUGCGCAGUCAGAUGGAACAGAGUAAAUAGGCAUUUUAACCUCAUAGAUGUAGCCAGUGGUAACUUGUGGAAUAGACACCUGCUGGAAUGCAGUUUUAACCAAUCAGCAUUCAGAAUUAGACACACCCGUUGUAUAAUACAUCUCAACUCCCAAAGCAGUUAAAUGUUGUUGCUUCUCAUAGUAUUUGUCUUAAAACAUGAUUACCUGUAGGAAACUAUUGUUCCUCCAAAUUCUUUGAUUGAUUGUUAAAUGAUGUUACAGUGAUCAUCUCAACCAUGCAUAUUCAUCCCAGCACUCAUUUCUCUGGUUUAACUCUCCUCUCAGCUCCCUGUGGCCCAGGCUGUCCCUGCUGGGGGUCUUGUUCCUCCAUCCUUCCCUGUUUCCAUGGCAAUGCCCCCGCCAGGCUAUGGCCCCCCGCCCACCUUCCUCAGAGCAGGUUUCAACGCCUCCCAGCCUCCUCCAGGUAAGACACAGCAGUCUGCCAGUGAAGAGUAUUGCAUAAAAAAAGGCCUAUUGAACAGAUCUUUUCCUCCAGAAAAGUGAGGUGAGCGAGCGAAAGAAGAUAAUCCCCACGCUCCCCCAAACACUUUCUAGGUGAAAUAGGCUACUGUAUAUAAAGAGGGACAGUCAUUCAAGUUAGGUCUGUCAAAUGAAUGCAGCACUGGAAAAAGUGCCAUCCAAUCCCUAUCAGCUACAGGAUAAAACGUAAUUUAAGGUGAUGUAUAUAGUGCAAUGAAGUGCAAUAUUAGUUUUUGUAAUUCAAGAAUGAUUGACAAUAAAUAAUUGUAAUCAAAUGAAAUGUUACUGUAUAAUGAGUUCAUUACCUAUAGCCUAUAGGCUUUAACAAAAUAUUAGUACAAAGAUGAAUAGGCCUAUCAGACUUACUUUGAAGAAAGCAAGCUUUACUAAAUUCGAGGCCAGUAGGUCUAUGCAGUCAAUUCACUCAUCGCAUCCUCCUUCGAUUGCCUCAUCCGGUUGCCAGAAAAAGCCACCACCUUGGAGACAGUCGACCACAUCAUGAGGUCCUGAUCAGCACGAAGUGUUUGCGUACCACUGUUGAUUCAUUUUGCAGUAUAUGCGGGCUGUUCUGUGCGGCGCUUGAUAACGUCAAACACAUUCCGUCAUGGUGCAGGCAGUAGGCUACCGGUAAAAUGUAAGUUAGGAAUCACAAAUCACCAUGUAGCUGACACUUCGAUGUCAUCAGUCAUUUUGACCUCAAUUUGGUUGUCAAAAAUACUAUCAUCUUGCACUGGAUAUUUGCUGAGGAAUGCUAGAGCUCUGCUACCCGAGCCUGACGGGACCACGAUAUUAUACAUAGGGUUAGGGCUGGAUCGGGCCUGUUUUUUCAUCAAUAACUAAGGUACAGGCAUGGCUCAGGUAUCACUAAAUUGAUCACUAACAUUUUUAAGCUGAGCCAUUUGCUCGUGCUCUGCUGCGCAGUACAGUGAUAUCUGACUAAGAUCAUAACAUUGUGUCAGAAGUGCUUCAACCUCAUCAAAUAUAAGACAGGAGAGAUUAUUUCACAGAAAAUAAUAAUGUUUAGAAUGAUGAAAAGUAGCUAACAGCUAACUGCUCUCUCAUGUCUCUUCAUUGAGCAGAGUAGCCCAGCGUGAAAAUGUUCCCAGUUCAAUAAUUGCACGUGCGUCUCUUUAUGUGCAUGGCUGAGCUAGUGCGGAUGUUUCUCUCACACCUUUCCUCAACCUCGAAAAACUGUUCUGUGGGCACCCGCAUUUGCUUCACACAUCUGCCAAUCAAUGGUGGCCAGGAGUAUUGACUGACCAAUGAGAAGGUCAGCAUAUAAACACCCGGACUCGCGCGUCUAAGUGCUGAGGGUUGAUGUGAGGAGAGAGUUUUUGCGAUUGCAAAGACGGGGGUGUGAGAGAAACAUCCGCACUAGCUCAGCCAUCCACAUAAAGAGACACACGUGCAAUUAUUGAACUGGGAACAUUUUCACACUGUGAGAAAUUUUACAACAUGAUGUCACAAUCACAACACAAUCAGAACGAUUGGGAAGUAUUUCACGCUGGGAAGAGUUUUAUGUGACACAGGGCUGUAAUCUCUGGCCAGUCGUUUUGUUCCAUGAUGACAUUGUUGUUUCAGGUAUUAAUUGCUUCUAAUAGGUCAGAAUAUGAUGCAUUAACCGUGAAUUUAACCGACUGUUUAUAACGAGGGAUGCCCCACCAUGUUUAACCUGGACACAUUAAUAGUAGGAAUUUGCGCCGGCCUCAGCUAAGCUGGCAUGCGAGAGAAAUGAAACAUUUAACAUUUACAUUUUAGUCAUUUAGCAGACGCUCUUAUCCAAUGCAUAAUUUUUUUUAUUUUGUCUUUUUUUUCUCCAUACUGGCCCCCCGUGGGAAUCGAAUCCACAACCCUUGCCUUGCAAGCGCCAUGCUCUACCAACUGAGCUACACGGGAUGAUACAUGUUACCCCCACAAAUCAAAUGAUGAUACAUGUUACCCCACUCACGAGAAGAUAAUGAUUCAUCCUUUCUUUUAAUUUGAAUUGUUACCCAUAAAUUCACGUGUUAUUUAUGUUGCUUACACUCACGCACUCCACAUACUCACCACAUACACCCCACAUACUCACCACAUACACCCCACAUACUCACCACAUACACCCCACAUACUCACCACAUACAACCCAAAUACCACUCCACAAGACUCAACCACAAUAAACCCCACAUGACACCAACAAUACUACAAAAUAACCCCACAUACCAACCACAUACACCCCACAUACUCACAAAUAAACCCCACAUUACUCACAACAUACACCCAACAUAAUCAACACAUAAACCCACAGACACUCAACAGACUCACCACUACACCCCACAUACUCACCACCUUACACCCAAAAUAAUCACAAAUACACCCCACAUACUCACCAAUACACCCACAUUUACACUCCACAUACUCACCACAUACACCCCACAUACUCACCACAUAACACCCCACAUACUUCACCACAUACACCCACAUACUCACCACCACAUACCACCACAUACACCCCACAACCACCACAUACACCCACAACUCACCACAUACACCCCACAUACCACCACAACACCCCACAUACUCACCACAUACACCCCACAUCUCACCACAUACACCCACAUACCACCACAUACACCCCACAACACCCACAUACCACCACAUACACCCCACAUACUCACCACAUACACCCCACAUACACCCCACAUACACUCCACAUACUCACCACAUACACUCCACAUACACCCCACAUACACUCCACAUACUCACCACAUACUCACCACAUACACCCCACAUACACUCCACAUACACCCCACAUACACCCCACAUACACCCCACAUACUCACCGCAUACACACCACAUACUCACCGCAUACACCCCACAUACACCCCACAUACUCACAACAUACACUCCACAUACUCACAACAUACUCACAACAUACACCCCACAUACACCCCACAUACUCACCACAUACACCCCACAUACACACCACAUACACCCCACAUACUCACCACAUACACCCCACAUACUCACCACAUACACCCCACAUACUCACCACAUACACCCCACAUACUCACCACAUACACCCCACAUACUCACCACAUACACCCCACAUACUCACCGCAUACACACCACAUACUCACCACAUACUCACCACAUACACACCGCAUACUCACCGCAUACUCACCGCAUACUCACCGCAUACUCACCGCAUACUCACCGCAUACAAACCGCAUACUCAACCGCAUACACACCACAUGCACGCACACUCGCACACACGCACACGCACACACACAGACACACACACACACACAGACAUAGAUGUAUGCCUCUGUGCUACAAUAGGGAGCUUCAGUCAGUCAGUGAGGUCUGCUGGGGAUGAAUGCUGCUGCGUAAUAGUAAUUAUAAAAACAAGAGGAAGAGGGGAGGGAGGGUGGCUCCUGCAUGUCGAUAGAGGGAUAGAGGGAUGGAGCAAUGGAGGAAUAGGCCCCUCCUUCCUCACCCAGAAGCAUCUGGCUGUGGGCUCUGUGACUUUGUGUCAGCAGUUUGUCUUGUGCAUAGUUAAUGAAGGAGAGGCAUACGGUGGGCAGGAGGCCGCUUGGCAUAGGCCCUCAGAGCCUUCUCUCUCUCCCGCGCUCCCCAUUUCCCUCUCCUCUUUCCCCUCCUCUCCUCCUCUUCUACUUACGUCAACAGAAUCCCCACAAAUGAUAUAUUUCCUCAGGAGGAAAUGCUGGGGAGCAAAGUCUCUCUCUGUCUGUCUGUCUCUCUGUCUGUCUGUCUCUCAAAUGCAGUAGAAGACUCUGGGGUGUUUUCCUUCUAUAUUUUCUAUUUUUCACAUCUCUGUCACUCUCUGUCACUCUCUCACUCUCUGUCACUCUCUCUCUUUUUCUCAAUUUGAGGUUUAGGCUAGGGGUAACCCGUGGUGAAUUGUUCUAAUCAAAGAAACAGAGGAGGGGAGAAAGGGAGCAGGGAAGAUAGAAAGGAGGGGAGAGUGCAUCCUUGAAAAGAAACAGCAAGUCAUUGGGAGAAAAACAAGAAAGAAUAGUUGGAAAUGAAAACAAAACAUCUCUAAUUAUGGGGAACUUUAGUUUCCUGGUCCUGGAUAGUCAGUCACACUGUCUGUUGUGAAGGGAUGAUGAAUUACCCUCGCCUUUUCCUUUGUCGCUAAACUCCUGCAGUUUCUACAUUGUCUUCCUCUCAAUUCUAUACCUGCAUAUGUAUCUGUCUGUCUGUGCCUGUGUAUGGCACAAUAUGUGUGUGUGUGUGUGUGUGUGUGUGUGUGCGUGUGUGUGUGCAUGUGUAUAACACAUCAAGCUUAAUGUAGACAGCAGCUCCCUCUCUGGGCUCUGGACAAUGAGCCAAUAGAUAUUUGAAGCCAGUCAGCCAGGCCCAGUUAGCCGUAUUUAUGAUGAUAUGCAGGCAGGUCACAACGCGAUAUCUCUCACCAAUCCACCAAUCAUGUAUCGAUCGGCUCGGUCUGCGGCCAGGCAGCGCUGAUGGAUGACCGAGGAAGCCACUCUGACAGCAGGCAUGUCCAAUCACACCAGACAGGGAUGCGUUUGCAUCGCACCAAUCCAAUCAGCUGCAGCAGCCCUCAUUUUUAUCAGUGUCAGUUUGACAGUGAUGCAUAACGCAGAGAGAGGGUUGUCAACCAGGGAAUGAGGGGAGCUCUGAGGCAGAGGAAAGAGGCCCGAACAUAACAAGCGAGUGAUCUGCGGCUGUUUGGUCUUUGAUUCUCGCGCAUCAGCUUGGGAAAUCCUCAAUGGAAAGCGGACUGCAUUAUAUGAACAAAGCACUGCAUAAAUUGGCCCAAAAAUGGUACAUCUUUCAAUAAGGGGAGAAAAGUGAAGCAGGGCAUCCGUUAAACAGUAAAUGAGGUUUGAAUGGCCUAAAUAGUGAUUUAUUGUUCAGAUAAUCCAAAUAAUGAUAAUGGUGUGUUGUAUCUCCCUCCUGUAGGUUUUAUGCAGGCAGCAGGUGUUCCUCAGCAAGCAGGCAUGGGCUCAGCUCCUACAUGUAAGUACUGCAUGACCUGACUGUCUAUAGAACCCAUGAUGUUGCAUUACCUUUUGAGUAAAUAUUGCCAGAAAAUAUUAGUGAUAAAAAAAAUACUGACAGAUGGUUUUUUCUGUUCCUCUCCUGCAGCUCUGGUGCAGCCCUCCAUGUCGCAGGCUCAGGACAAUAUGAAGGACUCCCCGUACGGAGCCACUGUCCCGGGAAGCUUCAUGCCCUCUGCCAUCCCUGGACAAGGGGUCUUCAACCCGCUUCAACCUGGAGUCCAGACGCAGCAAGGAGCCAAUGACAAGACGGGCCAGUCUGCUGAUGGCAUGGACGCCGCUGCAGAGUUAGUACUGCAAGGUAAGAGCAUACUAAACUAUCAUCUAGGGUUUAGGUGCACGUUUUGCCAUUCUUUUGUCUGUUCUUAAUGACUCAUUUUGAGAUCUUUAGAAAAAUGUCUCACUUUCUCAAGACUUUGCUGCUAAGACCUGUUUUUUGCCGUUACACUUUUUGUGUUCCUCUUCUCUCUAGGUAUGCAAAAUGCAAUGAGUCGUCGUAUGGGUCUUCUGGGGAUGCACCCCUCAGCCUCCCUCACCCACCCCCUGCACCAGCAGGGCCUGCCUGGCCAGAGGAUGCCUGGGCUGAUGCCACUGGACCUCCGGCCUAGUAUGCUCCAGGGAGCCGGGGCCCGCUUCCCCCUCCUGAUGCAGCAGGGCCUGUCCCAACAGAGCCUCCUGGACGCCUCCCUCCAUGCACAGGCCCGCGCCAGAGCGGCCUCCCAGAUGGACCACUUCAACAGGGCCGAGGGGGCCUUCAACCGGGGACCCAACCCCCCAAACGAAAGCAUGUCUAAGGCGGAGGACGAGCCUUCCUCUGGGGCAGACGACAGCCAGCAGGGGGGGGACCAAGACUACCGCUUCCCCCCGCCCCAGGAGAAGCAGAGCACGGGCCUGCUGAGGACACCUCCCCCGGAGCACAGAGAGUCCAUGGGUGGAGGUGGACGUGGUGGGGGAGCUGGUGGUGGGGGUAUGGGCGGAGGAGGAGGCAGGCCCGCCCUGCUCCAGACCCCAGUGAGGGAGCCAGCUAGAGACAGCGUGGUAGGGCGGCUUCAGGCCCUCGCCGGCUUCACCCCCCAGACCCAGAGUCGCUGGGGGCCACCUAGAGGGGACUUUGAUGAGCGUGAAAUGCGGGGCUCACCGGCCGGGGUCUCCAAGGGCUUCCAGGAGGAGCGCCCUGGCUCCAACCAGGGGCAGAACUUCCCCAACCGAUUUGAGAACCAGAACCGCUCUGGGGCAGCAGGAGGGGCAGGAGGAGUAGGUGCUGUUGGUCCUGGUGGCGGGGGUGUUGGAGGGGGCCCGGCGUGGAGUCGUGGUGGAGCUAAUGCUGCAGCACCGUUCGCUGAUGCUGACAUGCCCCAGGACUUGGAUGAACGCAGGCACCCUUGGGACAGGCAGCAACGGGAGAGGGACGACAGGGAAUUUGACUUCAGGAAGGAGAUGAACGGCAACCGCCGUGAGAGAGAUAGCCGCGAGAAAGACCGGGAGAGAGAGAGGGACCGGGAGCGAGAAAGGGACCAUGGCCGUGAGCGUGGCAACCGUGAACGAGAGCAGGAGUGCGACCGGGAGAGAGAGCGUGAAAAGGAGAGGGAGAAGGAACGUGAGCGGGACCGUAACAAGCGUGGAGCCUGGACACCUCUUCUCCCUCUACCACAACCCCUACUUCCUACUCCCUCCCUGACCCCAACCCUCUCCCUGACCCAUGGCAAACCUCAGGCCCUGCUGCAACUACAGUCCAGGCUUCAACCUAAACCUGGACUCCUAACUAAACCGGGUCUGCUUCAAACUCCAACCCUCCUAACUCGGUCAACAUCUCAAGCCCCAACCAAGUCCCUUCAAGCCCCAUCCCAGUCUCCAACUCAAGCCAAGAAUGAAGCCAUCCCUGGUCCUGAGCCCCAGGCAGAGUCCCAGUCCUCUACCCAGACCCAUGCUACCCCCAAGUCUGAGUCCUCACCCCAGACCCAAUCCUCUCCUCAGAACCAGUCAUCACCCCAAAACCUGGCUUCCCCUCAGGCCCAAUCGCCGCCCCCUGCACAGUCCCCACCAUGGGCACAGUCCCCACCAUGGGCACAGUCCCCACCCCGGGCCCUGUCCCCACCACGGGCACAGUCGCCACCCCAGGCCCUGUCCCCACAACGGGCACAGUCGCCACCCCAGGCCCUGUCCCCACCACGGGCACAGUCGCCACCCCAGGCCCUGUCCCCACCACUGGCACAGUCGCCACCCCAGGCCCUGUCCCCACCACGGGCACAGUCGCCACCACGGGCACAGUCCCCACCCCAGGCCCUGUCCCUACCCCAAGCCCUGUCCCCACCCUGGGCACAGUCGCCAUACCAGGCCCUGUCCCCACAGGCCCCCUGCACCCUUGAGGAGAUCACUGACACAGCCAGAGUGAAUCCCCUUUGGGCCAACAAGCCAGAGAAACCCCAGGAGGAACCAAUGGAAGAGCCUGAACCCAUAGAGGAACCUCCAUCUCAGUGGGUCUAUGGGACGGGGUCGAGGAUGGACACUGACAUAGUGGCUGAGCCCACCCCUACCCUCUCCCCCACUCCUGCCCCCCUCUCAAUGUCACCGGUCCUCACACACAGCCCUGAGGAACCCCAACGCCUGCCGGAGCCCCUGGACGUGCAGCAACCACCACAGCAUGCCUCCUCCUCCUUUUCCUCCUCCCCUAAGGACAAUGGACUGAGUGAGCCGAUGGAGGAAGCUGAGAAACAGCCAGUGGUAGAGCAAACAGACACUGAGGGGACAAUCAUCACUCAGUAG